AUGUUUUUCAGCUACGCUCGUGGACGUGGUAUCUUUACUGGCAGCUUGGAGGAAGUGGUGGCUGAAAUCCCCAAGUACGACGGAUAUCACUUCCGAGAGGACCGCACACACAGGUCAGCCCUAACGAACGUCCUCGUGAAUCGGGUGCGUCUAUGUCAGGUGGAAUCCACGUUUGCCCAGCUCUCAGAUGCGGACUUCCUGCGCUUGAUGACGGAGUAUCCGUUUGAAGCGGAACGGAAAUUCCUGAUGCGUCACGUCUUCAAUCGGACGCUACAAAGCCAGCAGAUGUCCCGCCGCCUUCAAAGGCAGGCCGAGCUGAAGGAGGCGCGUGAUCAAUGCCCGGACCCUUGGGAGCAAACUUGGGUACCGGAACCAGAGAUCCCGGUGACUGGCAUGAAGGAGGUCGAAGUGCCCGCGGAGCUUCGGGAGUGGCACUACGGUGUUCAGCGGGACAUCGAUGCAAAGCAAUCCAGCUAUGCAGAAGGCCGUUCCCGCCCAGCACCAGCUGUGGCCGCAUCCUCUUCAUCCUUGAACCCCCCUAUGGUGACUGCAUCUUUCGAUGAGGUGAUCGAUGCCAUUCCGUACCGGACCGAGGCCAGCCGCACAUUCUCUGCAGCGAAGGCCGCACGCAAGUCCGAAGCCACUACGGAGGCACCCAGCUCCUCUACAGCCCCGCCCAGCGGUGGCCGAAAUUUGCAGAUUAACCCAAGGGACUUGAUCGGGUACAAGGUUGGGGAUGACGACGACCUCAACGACAUGCUCGGUGCCGACGACAACCACUACUGCAGACUCACCGGCGACGACCCUGAGCACGAUGACAUGAGAGUCAUCAAGAAGGCCGACAUCCCCAUGGACUACUUGCAGAAGCCCCCUCGCUGGGUGGACAAAGUGUCCAAAUGGAUGAGCGGAGCAGUGAGGGGUUCGGUCGUGGAGUCGAGGAGCAGGGUCGGCAAGUGGAUCCGGGUAGAGGAACUACUGUUUCUGUUAAAACGGCGGCACAACGUCGAGAUCGGUCACCGGAUGUUGCAAUCAGUGGUCGCUCAUGACAAUAAGGGCCGGUUCCUCCUCGCCGGGCAUGCCAAGGACCCGCGCAACGACUACAUUGACUGCGGGGUCUGGCCCUUAUGGAUUUCUGCCAGCCAUGGGCGCAGCGCGCGCAUCCAGGACGAGGUCGAUGAUUCCAGCAUCGCCACCAGGUGGCUCGACCCACGGAGGCGUGCCAUUGACCGAGUCCCAGCUGCCUACAAACGCAAGCCGUUCUUGUGCCGUGGCGACGAGGGCUUUCCGACUCGGCUCUACCAUCGGACCACUCAUGAUGCAGCCUUCCAGAUCCUCGAGGAUGGUCUCAUCCCAGAUUCCGCCACGUUAUCCGAACUGGGGAACAGGGCAGGAGUGCGUGCCAAUCUGCAUGUCGAGCUUGUGUUUGACACGGUGGAGGUGCUGAAGCACGCCUAUCUCUUCGAGACGGAGUCGGAGGGGAUCCUAUGUCGCGAAAGAGUCCCGGGUGAGUGCGUUUUGUACGUGAGGGACUCAGACAGCAACGUGACCCUAUGGACUCGACCAUCGCCGGGGGACGAGGACAUCGAGGUCAUUGUUGAGAUCGCGGGGAUGACGACUAUCGAAGACGAUGAUGAGCCCGCGGACCUUUUCUCAGGAAGCUGCCAGGUCAUCCAAGAGCCCGAGGCUGAGGCUACAACGAUGGAUGAGGAAGUUCCAGCCCCACCUAGUGGAGGCCAUGGAGACGAUGAAGCACCACCAGUUUCUGGCACCUCGGACACCGCGAUGCGCGCAAUCCUCCACGCAACAGCUGCCGAUGUUCUCCCUGAGGAGACGGCCUUGUUGGAAGAGGAUGAUGGUGCUGGCGUUGGAACGGUUGAACCUCCACAGCCUUCGGAGGAAUUACCAACCGCUGACAUCACCGAGGCGGACACCACCAUGGCAAUGAUCGACGUUGAGCCGGAGGAGACGGCAGCAGCAGAGGCACCGGUGGCACCAAAGGAAGAGCAUGUUACCAGACCUGCCAACAAGAUACCAACGGAACCCCCGCAUCGCAUUCUGUCUCCUCCAGCCCCCUCAUCGGGUGGCCGUCGACGUGCCUGCCCCCAUUGUGGCACAUCCCACUUGGUGGGACAGAUGGUGUGUCUGCGAUGCAAAGCUCAGCUAGCCAAGGCCACAGCGCAGAGCCAACGCAAGCGCAUCAAGACCGACAGAUGGUUUCAAGAGCAAGCCGCAGCCAUUGCCACAGGCAAGGCACGCUCUCGUCUGACCGUCGAGGAAGUCCUCGCCAACAUCCGCAGGGAAGUGGGAGGACGUGGCGCCCAAAGUUUGGACUCGGUUGCCAUCGAAAAGGCGAAGCAGAUGCUAAAGCUCGCAAACAAGCAGGGGUGUGCCAGGAUUGUCGAACGAUUCGAUACCGACGCUGAGUAUACCCUCACAUCCCUCAGCAACGGCUACGACCGUGAUUUCCUGAAGACGCAAGAUGUGCUUGUUCACGGCAUUCUGCCGAACCUUGGUCGCAAUCAGGCACAGCGGACGCUUGGCACCGGUGUCCACGGCUCUGGAAGCUGGGACAGACCGGAAUCCCCGGAAAGCGUCGCAAGGUUGCUCUACCUGCACGAUUGCAAUCCAGCCGCUCUUAGAGCAGGCCUGCUGGGGACUGAACAGGACGACCCGCUCGCGAUCAUGUGGUUGGGGGUCGCCUACAGCAUUUCGGGGUUCAUCCAAGUGUUCCUGCAGCACCGCAUCGUUGACAGGCUGCAGUGCUUCACGGAGACUCUCUACCUCGAUCCCAGCUUGGAUUACACGGCUGCAGAAUGGGACCAAUGGCUGAGGCAGAGACUGAACACGCAGCUCCAACCAGCCAUUCGUGCCCAUGAAGAGCGACUUGCUGAUGCUGAACGUUCCCGGGCAGCCCAACGUGCCGCUGAUGAACGCCAUGCGACAAAGGGUGAUGGCAAAGGAGGAAAGAAAGGCUCGUCAAAGGGGCCUCACCCCUACUCCCGUGGCGGCUAUGGCUACCGUCGCUGA